AUGGCAGUGGGACCCCAGACCGGCGCCGGCAGAGGAGUCUGGCGGCGGGACCAUCGGGGCUCUCGGACUCCCGGGAGCUCCGCCCCGGCCUGUGACCGCCCCACCCCUCGCCGAGCCCCGCUGGCCUCGGAGAACUGGGGCCGCGCCCAGCGGUGGCGGGAGCUACCACCACUCCGAGGCCAGAAGAGAUGGGACGUUCCCGGAAUUGGCGGAACCUCUGGGAGAGCCAGCCCCAACCUUUUCCAGGUUCUAGAAGGAAUGCUUCUGGUGCUGGAGGACUCACCCAGGGGCUCAGCCCCGUCCCACCGGCCUCCACCCGGGUGGGACCCGGGAAUUCACGCUUUUAAUGACCCCGCCCCCUACUCUUGGAACUGUGCCCCGCCCUCUGACCCAUUCCCACCGCCGCCCGCCACUCCUCCAGCCUCGGCCGACGAGCAGACGCGGGGCCAGGACCUGCGGUGGACACAGGAAAAACCUCCCUCGGGAGAAGCAGGCUGGCACGACUGUUGGGAGCGGAAAAGGGGGCAAGCCCUCGGCUUGGGACUGGUGGAGCCCCGAGGAGGGGCGGGCCAACAGCAUCCCCCAAUCGCCGAGCAGAGAAAGGCGAUUUCCCCCGCCCCCCCGCGGGACGCGAUUGGGCCCAAGGGACCCAUCCCCAGCCUUUUUCCAGGUUCUAGGCAGGAUGCUUCUGGUACAGGGAGGGCUGCCAGGGUGACUGAGGCUCAUCCUGAGGCCGGCCUUCCAGCCCGGAACUAUCAGGACGCCCUGGAUCAGCUCAAGCAGCAAUUCCCCAGGACCAGGCCUGGUUCAUUGGAGGAACAGCAAGGAGGCCCAUGUGUCUGGAGCAGAGCAGAAAACUUCCUACAGAUAGUGGAGACCUGCGGCCAAUCCCUGGGCUUCCAGCUGCGGGAGCACCAGGGAAACCAGGCGUUCCCCAGUGAGCAGCCCAACCAGGGCCCCCAGCACCCAGAGGCCAAGACCCCACAGCCCUCCAGUCUCCAGGGGCCAGACUUCGAAGACAUCAUGGCCACGAGGUCAUCCGACUGGCUCCAGCAGACCCCCGGAGUGGACGACCAUGCAGGCCACCAGCUAGACAUGCGGCCGUCCUGGGACUCGGAGCCCCGGUUUUGGCAGGAUGUUCUGACAGAGCAGCUCUGGCAGAUUUUUGCUGGGACCCAGGAUCAGGGGGAGCGCCCGAGACGCAGGACAACAGAGCAGGCGCCAGGCCAGGUAAGUAACUGGAAUCCUCGGUACCCGGAAGAGUGGGCUUUGUCCUGGCUGGGCCGCCUGGCUUUGACCUCUGGAUGCCCGUGGGAUUGGCAUGCCUCCCCCACCCUCAGUCCUUGGAUACCCUCAGAGGACCUGAGCCUGUCUGCAGCUCCGCCUGGGCGGGAGGAUGGGACUUCAGGCAGUUGGAGCGUCCUGUCCACACUGCCUGGGCCCGCCUACCGUGUUCCAGUUCUCAGACCGACCCUGGGCAGGUCCUUUGGUCUGACUGAUCUCCCCAAUUCCCGCGGGCAGGAAAGCCAGGAGCCAGCACCACGACACUUGGGAGUGAAACUGCUCCCCAAGGACACUUUGGUUCUCAGCCCAGCUACGCCCUCCCCCAGCUCCUCUGAGGGCUCCCGAAAGGGAAGCACAGGACUGGGCACUGUAGGAGAGGGGGUGUUCUCCCGCAUGGCCCAGGAGCUUGCCGUAAAAUCCUAUCAAUUUCUGAAGCCCAUAUGCUGGGACCCUGAGGACUUUGAAAACACGUGGAAUAGGCCUGAUGCCUUGCCCUGGCAGUCCAAGAAGCUGGCCGUGCCACACAGAGUGGAGAAGAUGCGGAGGCUAGAACAUGGGGAACCCGUGCUGGCCACGGCCGUCAGCAGCUUCACGCGGCACGCCUUCACCUGCGGCAGGGGCGGCGUCAAGGUGUGGAGCCUGGUCGGCCAGGUGGUGGAGGCCAAGUUUCCGGAGAGCUACCUGCGCGUACAGACCCAGAGGGCCUACCUGCGCACCUGCUUGCUGUUCUCAAACAGCACGGCCCUGCUGACGGGCGGCCACAACCUGACCAGCGUGAGCCUGUGGGACCUGACGGCACCUUCCCUGUACGUGAGAGUGGAGCUGCCCUGUGCGGGCCUCACCUGCCAGGCCCUGGCCGCCAGCCCUGAGGACAACCUGGCCUUUGCCGGCUUCACCGAUGGCAGCGUCAGGAUCUGGGACCUGCGGAACCAGAGCGUGGUCAGGGACCUGCCGGGUCACCUGAACGGUGCCAAGAGCAUCGCUGUCAAAGACCAGCACAUCUGGACGGGGGGUCUGGACGCCUGCCUGCGGUGCUGGGACCUGAGGACGACUGGGGAGCCCCAGGAAUACCAGUUCGAGUCUCAGAUAAUGAGCCUGUCCCCCAGCCCCUCGGAGGACUGGGUGCUGGUGGGCACAGCCAAUGGCCAGCAGUGGCUGCAGCCCAGCCUCGGGGGCCAGAAGUACAUGGUGGGGUGUAAGGACGGCACCAUCCUCGGUCUCAAGUUCUCCCCGCUGGGCCAGUGGUGGGUGAGCGUGGGGACGGACAACCUGGUCAGCGUCUUCAGCAUGCCCAUGGGGACCACGGUGGUCCAGGUACCCGAGACGUCCUCCAUCAUGUGCUGCGACGUGUCCCCCAGCAAUCACCUGAUCGUCACGGGGUCCAGGGACCACGCCUCAGUGUACCAGAUCACGUACUGAGGGCUCGCCAGCAUGGGUGGGGCGAGCACAGCUGGACCUAUGAUCUUUGUCACGUGUAAUAAAAGCAUUUGGAAAAAGCACG